CACACUCCUGGUCAUUCUCCGGUUGUCCCAACAUCGCUGGCGGGACAGUCCCGUCCGGGGCGCGGUGGCCUGAGCCUACUCCAGCGCUCCGGCUCGCGCUCCUUGUGAGCCGCCCCGAAACCGCCAGGGGGCGCAGCGUGGCUGCAGCAGGGGGCGGAGCUGCUUUAAAUCGCGGCGCCCAGAGGUUGCGACUCUCAGUGCCUGAGCCUGGGAGCAGCGGUCACUUCUUGCAACCAGAGUCCAGCGCUAACUCGGACUGGGACCCUGACCCGGAAAUAGAGCCUCUCCAGCAGCAACACAGCAAGCGGGAUUCCUUUCAAUAACUUGCUUGGAGCGGCCCGGCUACCUUCGGGAGCCCUAGGUGCGCACCUGCAAACUCUCCGCCUUCUGCACCUGCCACCCGGAGCCCGCGCGAGCUCCUGAGCAAGCCAUGGCCAACGCGGGGCUGCAGCUCUUAGGCUUCAUUCUAGCCUUCCUGGGCUGGAUCGGCACCAUCGUUAGCACUGCUCUACCCCAGUGGAAGAUUUACUCCUAUGCUGGCGACAACAUUGUGACUGCCCAGGCCAUCUUCGAGGGGCUGUGGAUGUCCUGCGUGUCGCAGAGCACAGGGCAGAUCCAGUGCAAAGUCUUCGACUCCUUGCUGAAUCUAAACAGCACUUUGCAAGCCACACGUGCAUUGAUGGUGAUUGGCAUCCUGCUGGGACUUAUAGCAAUCUUUGUGUCCACCAUUGGCAUGAAGUGUAUGAAGUGCUUGGAAGAUGAUGAGGUACAGAAGAUGCGGAUGGCUGUCAUUGGGGGUGUGAUCUUCCUUAUUGCAGGUCUGGCUAUUUUAGUUGCCACAGCGUGGUAUGGCAAUAGAAUUGUUCAAGAAUUCUAUGACCCCAUGACCCCCGUCAAUGCCAGGUAUGAAUUUGGACAGGCUCUGUUCACUGGCUGGGCUGCUGCCUCGCUCUGCCUUCUGGGAGGUGCCCUACUUUGCUGCUCCUGUCCCCGAAAAACAACCUCUUACCCAACACCACGUCCUUAUCCAAAACCUACACCAUCCAGUGGGAAAGACUACGUCUGACAGAGGCACAAGGAGAAAAUCCUGUUGUCACAAAUACAGAAUAGACUUUGAAAUACUAUCAUUGACAUUAAGAUUUAGACUUUUGACUAUUGUAAUCUGAACUGUGGUUUUACAAAAGAAACCAUAUUUUUAUAAAUAUCCAUUGCCACAAGUAGCUUAGUCUUAUUUUAUCUUCUUUUCUCAAUGUAGGAGGGAAGCCCUUUCUAUCAUUUUACUGCUUCCCACCGAGUAGUCAUGCUCACGUGGGGGAGGGGUGCCCUUUAAAUAUGUACAGAUAUGUGUAUAUUUAUAUACAUGUUUUUCUAUAAAAAAAAUUAGACGAUAAAACAACUCUUAUUGUCAUUAUGUUGGUGUUAGUACACUCAGAAUGUCUCUAAAAUAGCAAAAAUAUAUACUUUCAUUUUAAUUAAAUAAGCUUAUUAGCAUAUUUUUCUUUCUUUUUCUCCAUGCCUAUAUAAUAGGUCAAAUAUCAUUUAGCACCUGCCAUCAGCUUUUAUUGUCUGCCAUCAGCUUUUAUUGUCUCUGCCACAAGACUAAAACUGCUUUACCAAGUGUGAAUUCUUCAUGUUUGUCCUUUUCACAUACUUUCUUUAUCUUAUUUUUCCAUAAUCUUACAGUACUUAUUCUUUAUCACCCACCCAUCACCGCCACCCUCUUUUCUUUAUGUUGGGCUCUUUUCCUGAUGAUGUAUCUGGUAGCGUACAUUGUCAGUCCUGAAGCCAAUAAGAAUCUCUUAUAGUUCAGAGCUGUGGGGGCAAAUCCUUCUGCAUAACCAGAUGAUGUUUCUCUGUUGACCUUCCCUCAUGACCCCAGUACUUUGACCUACAGCACUCUUGUUUGCUUCAAAAAUAUUUGUUUCAUGGAAUGGCUGUGCUGCUCACCUGAGUGUCAUAACACAGUCUUAUUGGUUGAAUUUUUAAGAUACUUAUUCACAGUUCCACAUCCCCCAAAUUACCUUUUAAUUCCUCCCUCCUAAGCUAUAUUGUUUUUUUCAUAUGUAAUUAUCAUGUAGUUUACCUCUUCGUGGAGAGGAGUGGUAUGUUUAUCUGAACAAAGUGCUAGACUUGCCGGAGUGAUAAUGUGGUGACGAAUACUCUCUCUGUAGCUGUGAGCAAGUCACUUAAUCUUUCUACCUCUUUUCCCAUCUGUCAAAUUGAGAUAAUUAUGCUUAACCAGCUGGUAGAGGUAAUGGGAGUAUUAAUUAGUUGAUAUGAGUCUCAUUCUUUGAACAUGAAAUAUGCCUAAGUAGUGUUUUUCUUUGCUCAAUUGGCAGCUUUGAAGUUGCUGAAUAAAAUCUACACACAGCCUUUGCUUUGUGUGGUGGCUCCCUUUUCCCCCAGUCUAUUUCCUUUCAUUCAGCUGGGUUGAGCAUGUUUGUCAGCACUCUGUUCCAUUUUAAUGACUUCUCCUACCUUUCUAGUCUGUAGGAAUGCUACUUCACAUGAGCAAGAUGAUGUAAUGGAAAGGGUGUUGACUCUGAGGUCUAGAGACCUGGAUUUGAAUCUCAGUGCUAUCAAUUAUUGCCUUGAGUUUGGGCAAGGCACUUGGCUGCCCCAGAUUUAUUGCUUCAUCUGUAAAAAGGGGUUUGUAAUUCCUGACCUACCUACGUCACAGGGAGGUUGUGGGAAUCCAGUGAGAUGCAAUUCUUGCGAAUAUGGUUUUGUAAGGUGAAAUGUACUAUCCUCAGGAAAGAAUGAAGGAAUUUAAGUGCGUAGUUUUGGGGGCUACUUUUAAAAGGAGGAAAAAGAAGAGAAAUAUUGACAUGGGUUUUUUGCCUUAACCAGUCUCUUGAGUGAUGAGACCCUAAAGUGAAAUUCAGGUCACUAAAUAGAAAGAUUCCUAAGAAAGUCUUCAUUUUUUCAGGCAAAAUGGAUUGAUGCUUUUGUGGUUAAGCAGAUGUAAUGGAGGAAACAGAAACCUGAGUGUGGGCAAAGCCACCAAUAUGGGAGUCUGACAUGUAACCUGUAAGGGGAUGUGGAGGUUAUUUGUUAAGUGAUAACCUUCAGUGUUCUUGCUGUCAGGUGGCAGCUAACAAGCACUGCAGAAGAGUGGGAAUGGUACUUCAUGGUAAAACCUCAGGGAGAAGUAAUCUUGAGUCUUAUGAGGAUUUGGACCAAGUAACUUUUAGCAUGUCUCCCAAACCUGACAAUCUAUGCUUCUAGAUGUUAUAAUUCAAAGGACGCUUGCCUCAUAUAUAGAGCUUGAUACAUUAGUAUAAAUGCAUAUGGAAACCUGUUGCUAUACUCCACAGACAUCUGUAGUCCAAAGAUCCAACAGAAUUUUUAUGCCAGAAUCUAUCCAGUUUUGUUAUUUUUAUAAUCUGCUAUUGCACCUGGAAAAGACCAAUAGAUAUUUGGGGGGUUUGUAAUGGGAAUUUGUAUAAAGCAUUACUCUUUUUAAAUAAAUUGUUUUAUAAUUAAAAAAAGAUCCUUGGCUUGUUUU